CUCUAGCGGUCUGCAGGUAUUUUCUGGUAUAAUGGAGGAGACAGGCAGUGGGCAGUCUCUCCAUAAAGCUGCUCUGUUAGAACCUCCGGUCUUCCACAGCUAAAGGAACAGGAUGAGCUGAUCUACAGAAGAAAUGAUGAGAAGAUGAUCCCAGUCUUCUGCCUCUAGUGUUGACUUUCCUAUCCGGCUGAAGUUUGUCAGCAAACAACUAUCAAGAUAUUUUUUGAACCUGCCAAAAAAAUGUUAAGCAUAACACAUACAGAAGAAUCUCCAGACCUGAUCUCAAUGAAUCCAAGUCCAACCGAAGUAAAAAUUCACCACUGUUCAGACUGUGGAAGGAGUUUUACUCUACAGAGUGAUUUCAAAAGACACCAGCUCAUUCACACAGGAGAGAAACCGUAUACGUGUUCAGACUGCGGGGCAAGUUUUACUACACAGAUUUACCUCAACAUACACCAGCGAAUUCAUGCUGACGAGAAACCAUAUAAGUGUUCAGACAGUGGGAAGAGUUUUACUGAAGAGAGUAAUCUUGUAGGACAUCAGCUUAUUCACACCAAUGAGAAAUCAUAUCAGUGUUCAGACUGUGAGAAGUGUUUUAGCUCACAGAGUCAUCUUCUAAAGCAUUUGCGCAUUCACACAGAAGAAAAGCCGCAUCAGUGCUCAGACUGUGAGAAACGUUUUACUACACAGAGUGAUCUGAAAAGACACCAGCGCAUUCACACAGGAGAGAAACCGUAUCACUGCUCAGACUGUGGGAAGAGUUUUAUUACACAGAGUGAGCUUAACAGACACAAGCGCAUUCACACAGGGGAGAAACCAUAUCACUGUUUAGACUGUGGGAAGAAUUUUAAUCAACCGGGUUCUCUCAAAAAACACAUGCGCAUUCACACUGGAGAGAAACCGUAUCACUGUUCAGAGUGUGGAAAGAGUUUUGCUCAACAGAGUAAUUUAAAAACACACCAGCUCACUCACUCUGGACAAAAAAAGCAUCGCUGCUCAGAGUGUGGGGAGGAUUUUUUGCGAUGGAGUAAACUAAAACUACACCAGCGCAGUCAUACAAAUGAGAAACCGUACAUCUGCUCAGAGUGUGGAAUGAAUUUUACUCGAGCGAGUCUUCUCCGGCUUCACCAGCGCAUUCACACUGGGGAGAAACCGCAUUACUGCUCAGAGUGUGGGAAAAAUUUUACUCGAUUGACUCUUCUCCGGCUACACCAGCGCAUUCAUACUGGGGAGAAACCGUAUCACUGCUUAGUCUGUGGGCGGAGUUUUAGUCGACCAGAUUAUCUCAAGCUACACCAGUGCAUUCACACUGGAGAGAAACCUUAUCACUGCUCAGUCUGUGGGAAGAGUUUUACUCAAGCGAGUACCCUCAGAAUACACAAAGGUGUUCACACAGGAGAAAAACCAUAUUACUGCUCAGAGUGUGGUAAGGGUUUUACUCAACUGAGUAAACUCCAAGAUCACCAGCGUGUUCACACAGGAGAGAAACCGUUUUACUGCUCAGAGUGUGGCAAGGUUUUUAGUCGACUGAGUAAACUCCAGCUACACCAGCGAGUUCACAUAGGGGAGAAACCGUAUUAUUGCUCAGCCUGUGGGAAGAAUUUUGCUCAACUAAGUAACCUCAGAAUACAUCAGCGAGUUCACACAGAGGAGAAACCGCAUCAUUGCUCAGAGUGUGGUAAGAGUUUUAAUCGAAUGAGAAAACUCCAAGUACACCAGCGUGUUCACACAAGAAAGAAACCACAUUCCUGCUCAAACUGUGGAAAGAACUUUAGGCAUUUACGUUCGUUUAAGAGACACAAGUGUACUGCCACAGCAGUAGACAGUAACACUCCUUCAACCAGUUCAGGCCCCAACGAAGAUGUUACAAGCAAGGAACUUGUUUAUAGAGAAGAAGAAGAAAAAGUUUCUGAAGCAUAUAAUAUUCAUAAAACAAAAUACACUGUUGUGGAAUGACCAAAAAAUGUAUAGUGAAGGGGCGACUGCAGACAACUCCAAACAUUCUUAUUCUUAUUCUUAAUUCUUUUACCAAUGUAUAUUUAUAUUAUGUUGAGGGUCACAGUGUGACAAGGUGAUUGCUAUGGUUUUGCAUGUGUUUGCUUAGAUGUUACUAAGUGGUGGCUGUGUUACCCUGUGCAGAUUUACCUGUCAUCUUGAGUUUAUUUGUUAUCAUCUUUAUGUUUAAAAGGUCCCAAAAUGUUUGCAUACCAUAUUUUCAUAUGGGGAAUAAAAACUCAGCAAAAUCUGUUGCUACAUGGGUUGGUAGCUUUAUGGUGAAUAUUUAACAACAAAAAAAAACAAUUGUAAUAAUAGGAAGGAUAUUAAUUGCUAAAUAAUAUAGUUUCUCCGCCCGAGAUUUCCCACCUUUCUUCUCAGGUCGGGUCAGACUCAAGAAAAUGGUCUGGGACAUGGGUGUCUGUUUUUUAAUGCUAUUUUAAUUUCAUAUAAAGCUAUGGCAUGAUAAUCACAGUAUAGCAAAGUAACAAAUGAAAGUGUAUUUAAAAAAAAAAUUGACUCACAGCACUGUGCAGUGUAUAGCCUUAAUACAUUUUUUUGUGUUUUUGCACUUAGACUAUAAGCUCAAUAUAAAAAAGUUAGUUUGUUUAGAAAGUAUUUUCUAUU